AUGGGAAAUUAGAUCAAUGUAAAGGCAAAAUUUGUGAAUUUAUUGAAAUAAGAAGAAGAAAAUGCAUUAGCAGAAGAAUUGAAAUCUAUACUGCUUCUUGAUAUCUCUCAAGAAGAUUAUCUUAGUGCUUUUUAUCCUUCAGACAUUAGGGAUAUAUUAAAAUAAUCUCCAAAAAGGAUAUUAGGCAUAAUCCACUAUUUACAUUAAUUUCUUUGUGAUACAUAAACUGAUUUAGCAUCUCAUAUUCAAUAUAGAUAAUGGAAGAACAGUUUAAGAAUAUUAACUUCAAUAAUCCCAGUUUUAUAUGAAGAAUAAUUUAAAGAACAAAUGAAAGAGAUACUGUGGUAUACUAAAAUUCCUAAGCCUAAUGAGGAAAUUUAAGAACGAGACCCUCCACUUAUAAUUUCAUUACUUUCUAGAUUAUUUUAAAUGUCCUUCCAUUUUGGAUUUACAAUUGAUGCUUUAGAAUAUAAUGUAUUUAUAAUAACUAAUUUUAAAAGGAAUCAGUUAUAAAGAAUGAUACACUCUUACAAUAUUUUGCAUAAUAUUAUCAUGAUGUAUGGAAUUCUUAUAAAUUAUAAUUUGGUUAUAUAUGGAAGGGUUUUAAUCCUUAGUGUAAAUAUCCAAAUGAUAUAGCAAAAUAUUUCGAAAAUCGCUAUCUUGUUUUAUCUUGUAUAUUUUCUUUAGUUAGUUCAACAUUAUUUACAUCAUAGUUUUUUUUUGAAUAAGAAAUUCAUGAAAUAAAUGAAGAAAACAAAGAUGAAAACAAAGAAAAAAUAAAUCAACCUGAAUAAGAAAUUAAUGAAUAAUUUUAAGAAUAAUAAACUCAAGAAUAAUAAAAUAAACAAACUAAUCUUAAUAAUGAAACAAAAAUUCAAAAAUUAUUAGUUUAAACUCCUAAUGCUGCUUUGUUUACAUUACAAAAAAUACAAUUUUUCCCAGAAUUAUUUGUUUCAAUGAUAGCAUUUUCAUUAUUCUCAACUGAAAGAAUCAAAUAAUUUCUCAGAGGUUUAGUCAACAUGCCCAAUUAAAUUGAAGAUAAUCUUUAAAAUUUAUGUUUAAAGUUAACAUCUCUUAUAAUAGGAGGAUAGGGUAUUUUACAUUAAAAUAAAUCAUAGGUUUUGUAUCUAAAGAGAUAUUGCCUCUUGAAAAAGAAUUUGAAGAGAUGGUCAAAGCAAAAGAGCACUUUCAACUAUAUAACAUUCCAUUCCCUUAGUUUAUUAAUCUACCUUAACAAGUGUAGGAAGGAAUAAUAGUUUAGUUAACAUAAAAAUUUUAUUCUUAUUACAAAUCUUAAUAAUAAUUUAUAAGAGGAACCUUUGAAAAAUAAUUAUCCAAUUUUGAAAACUGUUUCAUUUUUUUAAGUUAUUUAUCCUCAAAAACUGAACAGAAUGGUAUUUAUAAUUAUAUAUUAAAAUAGUCCCAAAUCUAAUGAUUGUUUUUUUAUUGUCUUACUUCAACCAAAAAAAAUAUAUUAAAAAAGUAUCUUUAAAGAUACUUAAAUUGUUAAGUGCUUAACCAUAAUUAAAUAGAUAAUUAUGUGUUUAGUAAGAAUUUACUUUGACAUUUACAGAUGCUCCUGUAAUAAUAGGUACAUGGGGAGACUUGUUGAUUACAGCAUUGUGUAAUACAGUUUUGAAGGAUUUAUAAUCAAUUAAAGAAAAUAAACUAUUAGAAAUAUCUUAAAUAUUAUUUAAUAUAUCAUCAGAGAUUGGAAAAUUGAAUAUCGAAAGUUGUUAGAUAAUUUGUAAUUUAAUUAAAAAAUUGGCAAACUAUGAUUUUGUAUUAAAAUCUCCAGAUAUCUUAAUUAGUUUAUAGAAUUUAAUAGGAGCUGUAUCUUAAAUGAUUUACUUUUUUCCUGAUGAAAAUUUUGAUCUUAUAUAUAAUUUAAUUAAGAUUAAGGAUAGUGUGAAAUUUAUUCAUGAAUUAUAAGUCACUUAAAAGAAGCUUUAAGUAUGGUGGGGUAAGUAUGCUCCUCAUAAUCCAAUUGUUAAUUAGAGUUUCAUUAAGAGUCAGUAAUUUUAAAAUGAUGUUCAUGAUAUAAGGGAAUCUUAAGUAAGAUCUAUCACUCAAUAAUAAUAAGCUAUUAAUUAAAAGAAAUAAUCUAAAUAAUUUUAACAAGAAGAGAUAUAAAGUUUAUCACAAAUGGAAUAAAUUCAAUCAGAUAGACUAUAAAGACCCUCUAUUGAAUAAGAUAAAUAUUUUGGAUAAUGGAAAUGUUUCAAUUAAGAAUCAUUAAAACAAUUUGUUCCUUUAAAUAGUUUAGUGAAAUUACUUGAAAAUCUAUUUAAAUUGUGUUUGGAUCCAACGGAUGAAACACAAUUAAAAAUAGUAUUUUAAUCACAUGAUUUACGAUCUUUGAUGAUUAAAUAAUUGAGCUUUUAAAUAACAGUUGAUAAAUUUAAAAUAUUCAAAACUUUAACAAAAUAAAUUUGGUUAAAUUGCCUAAGAAAUUCUGAUAAAUUUCCUUAUUUUGAAAAGUCUUAAUGUCCAUGUUUUAAUCUAUCAUGUGUAGAGAAAUGA